AUGAAACUUGCUACUUCAUUGACCCUUUUCACGGCUGUUCUGGCCGCUCCUCUGGCUGCUCCUGCUCCUGAUGUUGCCCCCGCAGUGGCUGAAGGAUCCGCGUCGGCAGCCUACUCUGCCAUUCUCUCGGUUGUUUCCAAGCAAUCGUCCAAGUUCUCCGCCCUGCAGAAGCGCGAGCUGGACGAAGAGGACCGGUACAUUGUUGUGUUUGACAGCGAGGCAUCGGUCGAGCAGAUUGCAGCCGAGAUUGCGAAACUGGACGCUCUGGUCGACCAGGAAUCGUCCAACGGCAUCACCUCUGCUCUCGAUCUGUCCGCCUACAAUGACGGCUCGGGGUUCCUUGGCUUUGUUGGCAAGUUCAACUCCACCAUCGUGAACCAGCUCAACCAGUCGCCCAUCUUGACUGUGGAGCAAGACACCUAUGUGCCGGAGCCCAAGUUUUUUGCCGAGCCCGUGCUCGACAAGCGAGCCAUCGAGACCGACGAGAACCCGCCCAAUUGGGGACUAGGCCGAAUUUCCCACAAGCAGUUCCAGGGCGAGGGAAACGAGACCUACGUGCGAGAAACCACCGCUAAGCACUCCACCGUGGCCUACGUUGUGGACUCGGGAGUCCGAAUCACCCACGAAAUGUUCCAGGGCCGGGCCGUAUGGGGAGCCAACCUGCUUGACGACAUCGACGAGGACUUGAAGGGCCACGGAUCCCACGUUGCAGGCACCUUGGGCGGAAAAGACUACGGAGUCGACGUCAACACCAAGAUCGUUGCGGUCAAAGUGUUCGGAGCUAACGGCGGAGGACCCCAGUCCGUCGUUAAUGCCGGAUUCACCUGGGCCCUCAACGACUUCAUCAAGAACCGAAACACCGUGCCCCGAGGAGUGCUCAACUACUCCGGAGGUGGAAGCGUGCUUGCCUCACAAGAUGUCAUUCUUGCCCGAGCCGUCAAGGAGGGUCUCGUAGUGGUAACAUCUGCUGGCAACGACGCCAAGGAUGCUUGUACCGAUGGUCCCGCCAACAACGGAGCCAAAACCCACGGUUUUAUCACGGUCGCAUCUCUCAACGAGCACAACGUGAACGCCUAUGACUCCAACUGGGGCACGUGUGUGGACGUGUGGGCCCCGGGCUCGAAGAUCCCUUCUGCCAGUCACAAGAGCGACACCGGCAUCGUCAUAAUGAGAGGAACCUCCAUGGCCAGCCCCCAUGUAGCUGGUCUCGCCACCUAUUACAUGUCCAUCAGCGACAAGACUCUAUCUCCCGGCGAGGUGGAGGAUCUUAUCACCAAGUCCAACACCGACGUUCUUACCUUUGAUCUCAAGGGCAGCCCCAAUGCCGUUGCCUACAACGGAAAUGGUCAGUAG